CUGUCGCAGAGAAAACUUGCGCACAGACUCAUGUCUCCCCCCCUUUUUAGGAACACGGAGAAGCUCAGCAAUCCGAGUAAUACCGAAUAGUUAAAGCAUCCAAGACGUUCUUGCAUUCUAUUUACAUCAAGCGCUUAGAUUUAGUGCCUACUUAUCAGCUACUCAGGUAUUUACAGCUCACGCACGAAGCGUUGCUCAAACACCGUAACGAACCAGAUCCAACACCUAUCCACAAUGGCCAAAAUCGCCAUCGCAGGUGGUUCCGGGCAGGUGUCCCAAGAGGUCAUCGAUGCCCUUCUGGCAUCAAAGAAACAUGAGAUAACCAUACUGAGCAGGAGGGAAGCUCCCACCACCGACCCCACCCCGCCGUCAAUACAAUGGCAGGUAGUCGACUACAACUCGCAGCCAAGCCUCGUCGCCGCCCUGCAGGGAACCCACACGCUCCUAUCCUUCAUCCAGAUCCUCUCGGACCCGGAGUAGAUGGCGCAGAAGAACCUGAUCGAUGCCGCGAUCGCCGCCGGCGUGAAGCGCUUCGCGCCGAGUGAGUAUGCGAGGUAUGUUAUUUUUAU